CUCGUGCUGAAGACGGCGGUUUCCUCACUAGCUGCUGAACCGCUAAAAAGCAUCAAAAAUCAACACGCUGCCGUCAUUAUCCCAAGAUUUAAUCAUGAUUAACCCCAAAGCAAAUCGACCCCAUUUCAUCAUUAAGCCCUCCACCGCUCUCAAGAAGAAGAACAGCAGACGGCUCGUCUCUUGGGGGGUCCUUCUAUCGGCAACAGAACGCUAUUGGUCAUCAGAAAGUAUAAGAGGACAUCUACCACCAGUCCUAUAUGAAAUCAUCUAAAGAAGAAAAAUUGGCUUGAACCCAAAAUGGCCACGACUUUGACUCAGCCAGCAAGGAGAUUUACUGAUAGAAGCCCUAAAUCCAUGAACCAGUCAUCAUCAGCAAGAAGGAAUACUGAUAAAGUUCCUAAAGUCGUGCAUCAUCAACCCCCAAAAAGCCUAGUGCCUAAGAAUCCAGGGCAUGCUAGUGAGCUAGAGACCCAAGUCACUCUACUUCAAGAGGAUUUGACAAGAACUAAGGAACAACUUGCUUUAACCGAGACCCAAAAGAGACGAGCACAGCAAGAACUCGAAGAGGCUAAAAAUCAGCUCUCUAUAUUAUCUUCAAAAUACAAAGAUUUGCAUUGGAAGAACAUCGAUCUUUCUGCAUCAGAAGAUGAUCGGAUCAAAGAACUCCGUGAACUUUCUAAGGAGAGAGAUCGAGCAUGGCAAUCUGAGCUUGAUGCCCUAAAGAACCAGCAUGCUCUUGAUUUGGCAGCUCUCAGCUUUGCUUCAAAGGAGAUCCAAAGGCUUAGGAUGCACCUUUCAAAAGUCAUUGAGUCUGAGUCUGUUUAUGCCGAUGAAUCUGAAACUGCAAAUUCUGAGCUUGUGGAAUUGAAGCAAGAAAUGGGUAGAACAAUUUCUACUGUUGAAGAACUUAAGACUAAGUUGAAAGAGUGUGAAGAGCCACCAGCAAAGGAUGAAGCGGCUGAUGAGACUCAGCAUCAGCUAGAAAUUGCAAAGAGUACAGUAGACACUCUCCUUUCAGAUGGGUCCGCGCUAAUGGAAUCCUUUAACUCCGUAGUUUCUGAGCUAGAGAAGUCCAGAGCUCAAGAAAAUAUACUCGAAGAAACUAUAAAAAAGUUACAGGAAGAACUUGCUUUAGAACUUGAAAGUACCCAUGUAAAGUACCAGGAGGAAGAAAUUAGAAACAUGGUUCUGAUCCUGUCUGCUUAUGAACUGGAAGAAAAUUUAAGAAAUAAAUCUAUUUCACAAGAAGCUAACUUGCAAUCAGCAUUGAAAGAUACACAGGCUGAAAUUACUGCACUGAAGGCAAAACUAUCAGAAAAGGAUGCUCAUAGUCGAAGUGUAUCAGAAAUGAACGAGAGGCUACAGUCAGAGAUAAAAGAAAGAGUCGGUGAGAUAAAAUCCAGCUUGGGCUCAAAGCUUAUGGAUAAAGAGACAGAACUACAGGGAAUUAUGCAUGAGAAUAAGCUGCUGAAGUUGAAAAUAAAAGAACGAGAGGAGAGGGAUAAGAAUUCUGAAGUUCUAAUAACGGAACUAGACUUGGUGAGAGUCAAGGAGCAGGAAGCAACAAUGAAGUUUGAGAUUGCUAAAGAGGAGUUAGAAAUGAAUAGUCGAAUGGCUGAAACGUUAGGUAUUCAGCUGGAUGAAGCUCUUGCAGUAAAAGAGGAGACAGAAUCUGAGUUGAAGAGGCUGAGAGUGCAGUCAGAACAGUGGAGAAAGGCAGCUGAGACUGCAAUGGCUGUUCUUAGAACUGGAAAGGAAGGAGAUUUUCUUGAGAAAUUGAUGAGCUCUCCAUUUUCAGAUAAUUUGGAUGAUGAAUCCGUAAAGACGAGGAAUCACAAUGUGCUGAGGUGGAUGGGUGAAUUGUGGAAGAAGGGGCAAAAAUAGCCAAGAUCAUCUUUUUUAUUGCUGUUGUUCUUCAAACUCCAGAGGUAAUUUUCUUCGGUAGAGGAAACAGAGAGUUCAGUUCAGUUAUAGACAGGUGAUAGUUAUUUGUGUACAUUGCUGCUUUAUAUGCUUUUGAAAUCAUUGUUGUUUCUCUCGUAAACCUGUUGAUUCUCUAUUUGAAUUUGUUGUUCCGUUUA